AUGAUUGCUCAAAAGCUAUCUCUCCACUUGCGUCAGUUGGCCAUCCGGUCAUUUUCCAGCUCUUACAGUAGUACUGCAAACCCAGCGAACGAAAUUUUUUUGGAGCGUCUGUCCGGAAAAGAUGAAGGUUCGUUUCAGAUCGGCCAAACAGUUGAAGUUCUCUUUUUCAGGAAUCACCCUGGUUACCAUGAAUCGUCCGGCUAAACGGAACUCUUUGGGAAGAGUGUUCAUGGACCAGGUAAGGCGAUCGACCAUUGAACAUUUUCAAAUUUCGAAUACUAUUACAGUUCCGAGAGGUGUUUGAUGAGAUCAAGUACGAUCCGAAAACUCGAGUGGUAAUUCUGAAGUCGGCUGUGGAUAACGUGUUCUGCAGUGGAGCAGAUCUGAAAGAGCGACGAGAGAUGAAUCAUCAGGAGUCGGCGAGAUUCGUCACCGGGCUCCGAGACGGAUUCACUGAAGUGAUUCGGAAUGAAUGAAACUAUAAGAGUCAAAGUUUCCAGGUCGAGAAACUGCCGCAGCCGGUCAUCGCCGCCAUCGACGGAUACGCUCUGGGGGGUGGUCUGGAGCUGGCCCUCGCGUGCGAUAUCAGAGUGGCUUGUGAGUUAAACAUUCUGAAGAACUUUAUCUCAAACCAAUUUCCAGCUACGAAAGCGAAAAUGGGUUUGAUCGAAACGAAAUGGGCGCUGAUUCCCGGAGCGGGAGGAUCCCAGAGACUCUACCGAACCAUCGGAGUUGCCAAAGCGAAGAGCUGAUCUACACGGCGAGAGUGCUGAGCGGAGAAGACGCAGAACGACUGGGAAUUGUGAACCAUGUGGUAGACGGCAAUCCAGUCGACAAGUCGUUGGAAAUCGCCCGAGAAAUACUUCCCGCGGUCCGAUCGCCGUGAAGUUGGCCAAACUAGCCAUCAACUUGGGAUCACAGACCGACAUUACUAGCGCCCUUACCGUGGAGCAGCAGUGUUAUGCUCAGGUCAGCCUGGCAAUGAGAGAAGAGGGUCAAAGUGAUUUUUCAGAUUAUUCCGACGAAAGAUAGGCAGGAAGGGAUGGCGGCGUUCGCAGAGAAAAGGGAUCCAGUGUAUAAAGGAGAAUAA